CCGGCGCUCAGUGGAGACCUCGGCUCUAGGGGGCGGUUAGGAGAAUUGGACGCGCACCCUCCAUGGCUGCGGCUUGUGUCGCGCUCUGGGUAGUCUGUGUGCUGCGAGUGACGCUGGCCACUGUCUACUUCCAGGAGGAAUUUCUAGAUGGAGAGCGCUGGAGGAACCGAUGGGUGCAGUCCAGCAAUGACUCCCAAUUUGGGCAUUUUAGACUCUCGUCCGGGAAAUUUUAUGGUCAUAAAGAGAAAGACAAAGGUCUGCAAACCACUCAAAACAGCCGCUUCUAUGCCAUCUCUGCACGGUUCAAACCAUUUAGCAACAAAGGGAAAAAUCUGAUCAUUCAGUACACAGUGAAACAUGAGCAGAAGAUGGACUGUGGAGGGGGCUACAUUAAAAUCUUCCCUGCAGACGUGGAUCAGAAAAACCUGAAUGGAAAAUCCCAGUACUAUAUUAUGUUUGGACCCGAUAUUUGUGGAUUUGAUAUCAAGAAAGUUCAUGUUAUUUUACAUUUCAAGAAUCAGUAUCACUCAAACAAAAAAUCAAUCAGGUGUAAGGUUGAUGGUUUUACCCACCUCUACACUCUGAUUCUAAGACCAGACCUCACUUACGAAGUGAAAAUUGAUGGUCAGUCAAUUGAAUCCGGCAGCAUAGAGUAUGACUGGCAAUUAACAUCACUGAAAAAGAUGGAGAAGGCUUCGGCAGAGUCUAAGGACUGGGACCAGGCUACAGAGAAACCCCAGGACUGGGAGAAGCAUUUUCUGGAUGCUGGUGCCAGCAAGCCGAGCGACUGGAACAGCGAACUGGAUGGGGACUGGCAGGCGCCUAUGCUGCAGAAACCUCCAUACCAGGAUGGCCUGAAACCAGAAGGUAUAGACAAAGAUAUUUGGCUCCAUCAGAAGAUGAAACACACCAACUAUUUGACGGAAUAUGAUCUCUCAGAAUUUGAGAAUAUUGGUGCCAUCGGACUGGAGCUUUGGCAGGUGAGAUCCGGAACCAUCUUCGAUAACUUCCUGAUCACAGAUGAUGAAGAGUAUGCUGAGAACUUCGGCAAGGCCACCUGGGGUGAAACCAAGGACCCAGAAAGGGAGAUGGAUGCCAUACAGGCCAAGGAAGAAGUGAAGAAGGCCCGAGAGGAAGAUGAGGAAGAUUUUCAGAUGGGCAGGUUUAAUGGGCAAGAAAAUAACUUCAGAAGAUUCUACAGGAGGAAUGAACUUUAGUCAUCCCCACCCCAGAUAAAGAUGGACUGGUAAAAUCUGGUUUCUACUUUAAUCUACACUUAAAAGCUCAAAUGUCUA